CACGAACUUGACCAAGUUCUUCGCCGGGGGCCGCUUCGCCAACACCGACAUGGACUGCAGCCUUCUCUCGAGUGAGAUGACCAACCCGAUCCAGCAGCAACUGAUCAACUACAUGCUCCUCAGCUCCAACGUCUACAUCAUCCAGAACGGCCACUCCCUCGAUGACUGUGCCGGCGCCCGGGGCGUCCAGCUCGAUCUAACCGGCACCACCUACUGCUACACGCUGGAAAAGCCCGGCGGCGGCUCUUUGGAUUUCGACCUCACGGACUCGCUGUCCGCUGACUUUGGGGAGGUGCUGUACGACACGUACAGCAUCAACCAGACCGCGCUGGUCGUCAGCUCCUACCAGUGCCAGACCAACAACAAUGCCUACGGCGCCACUUACGUCCCCUCCGACACGAUCAUCCCGGGGUCGGGCUACUCGGUCGAUAAUCUCCCGCCGUGUUUCUUCAAUCUGCCUGUCUUGUACACGGACUAUACUGUCAAGACCACGGGCGAGUACGUCACCACCUCGGGGACCCCGUGCCAGCUGCGGGAAAAUACGGAGGAUGAUGGGAUCGGGAAUUAUCUGCCGGAUAAUCUGGCGAGUAUCUUCACGCGGAAGUUCUGCAUUGACAAGAUUGGUCAUUAAACAUGGUGGCACUAGCAGUUCUCUUUGUACUGACUGACAAAAUAUACGUUCAAUAAAGAUUGAAUCAUCUUAACCCGUCAUGCAUGUUAGCUCCCAGACCCGUGGUCAUAAGCAAC